UUUUUAUUAAAAAAAAAAAAAAAAAAAAAAAAAAAACUAAGUUCUCUAUGAAUCUUGUACAACUAGUUUACUUCAAUUUUGGUUUUUUCUCAUAAUUUAUUGCUAGAUUUAGGGCUUAUUUUUUAGACGUAGUAGAAUUUUAUGGGUAUUCAUGAAUAAUGAUGCUGAAGCUACUGCUUAGUGUUGUUAUAGUGUUGAAUUUAUGUGUUUGUUCCAAUUGUAUUUUUAAAUUUUAAACUUCAAUUUGGGGUCAAUUUAGAAAUAUUCAACAUUAUUCAUGAAUUGACAUCCCGAAACCUAUAAAAUAAGAAGAAAAUCCCCACACCCGCGAAUUAGAAUCAGAAGAAACACAAAAGAUCGAUGAAGAGAGACAGAGAGGAAGAGAGAGAAACAUCAAUGGCAGCAAAACAUGGUGAAAUAGCCAUUGAAAAGGGUAGUAACAACAAAAAUUGCACAACCCAAGAAUCCUAUCCCAAUAAAACGAAGAGAAAAUUCAUGCAGAAAUAUUAUCAUCGAGGCCCCUUUUUCCAAUCGGAUCCCGAUGAUCCUGCCGGAACUGCUGGCUCCGAUGAAAUUUUCCGGCGAUAUUUCUCGGCGCCGACGGGUGAGGAUAAGAUGGACAAGACUAUUCUUCCGAAGGUUAUGCAGGUUAAGAAUUUUGGCCGACGUGGUAGGACUAAGUGGACUCACCUUGUUAAUGAGGAUACUUCUGAUUUCAAUUCCCCGCUGUCUUACAACCGUCCUCUCUCCAUGAGACACAACGCAAGAAUGGGUGGCAUGGACAAGCUGUGAAAGUUUUAAGGUACCAACGCCUGUAGGAACCACACAUUGCAAGCCGAUAUCAAGGCCUAAAGGCAACAAGAAGUUGAAGGAGAAGGACUGGGAGUACUGAAUUACUCGUUUUCGGGUUAGCAAAUCCUUUCUUCUUAAUUUCUUAUGUACAGGCAGCCUAAGCAGCAGUUAGUUGCGCGGUGUGAUAAAGGAGCUCAACAACAUUAUCCCGAAUGACAGUAACUGUUUCUGCACAAUUUUCUUAUUGUUAGGAUGUAUCCUUUCUGUAUUCUUCUAUGUGCCGGAGGUUUUAUCUGACUUGAUAUCAUGUUUAGUUUUACUUAAACGGUCGACAUUCACAGCUUAAGCUUGUACUUGUUUUCCUGUACAAGAGCUACGAAAUAGCAUCACCAGGCAGUCAGGCACCUUAGGACCUUAUGCCGAAACUGUUAAGGUUAUUUUUUUUUUUUGGAGCACCUAAAUGACAUGAAUUACAUGAACUAUUGCUGCUACAGCUUAUCUGAUAUAAGGUUUAACAUUUCUGCACACCUUGAAGCCAUUAAUAUAACGAAAUUAGCGAUCA